GUGAUGAAAAUAAAAACAUUUCGUGUCGUUUUUCCAGACAGCUAGACAGUUAGAAUGUUUGACCCUAGAGUAUGGACCAAACCGUUCGUUGGCGUUGUGAUGGCGGCUAUUCCGUGGCACUUAUUCGAUAAUCAAGUGGGAGAGAAGGAAAUCGAAAGAGUCGAGCAUUUCCUACAGAUUGUGUGUAUCGUGGCAGUGAUGAGAUGGAUGUACGUUGAACGAUACGGUGACGAGGCGACGAAGUUGAAGUACUGGCAUCGUGGAUUCUGGGCGGUGACUAGCAUUCUUGUGUUGAGCGUUUGCUCCAGAACAAUACUACUUGGAGGGGUUACGGUUAUGGAUGUAGUUUGUGCAACUGUCAGCUGUGUGCCAUUUGUCAUAGGCCUGCUGUGGAAACGUCAAGACAAUGGACAAGAAACGGAGACAGACAAACUAGAGGAAAAACAAGAAAUGAAAACUGCAACAGAGACAGUUUGCAAACGAACAGAUACUGGACAAAAAAUGCAACCACCGAUGAUGAAGGAAGUCAAACAACCGGACGAAGCAUUACAGCAGAUGAGAACUGUAACGUUGAAAGUGAACAAGUUUAUUGACCAGACGAUGAGACAUGGUUCUACUCAAGAAUCAAUGUCCACUUGAAGAGACAUAUUGACGACUUACUGUUGGCUACUAAAAAGGCGGAAGCAAAAGAGAAGCAUAGUUACUGUAUUUGUUUAGUUUAUUAGGCAAGCUUGACACAGUUCUACUGUUUAAUAUAAAUAGCCUCGCUCAAAGUGUUUGUAUCCUCAUCUGCUGAAUUGGUUUUAGUCAAUAGCAAUUUUUACUGCAGUUUUUUGUAAGAGCUGAAGCUUUGUGAUUCACACUAGAAUAAUGUGUGUGGGUUUCAUUGCUUUACUUGUCUGUUUGUUCAUUUGUGUUUUGAACU